CCCUGCAUUCAAGCUUACACACACCAUCAUCAUUAUCAUCACCGCCGCAAUGUCCACCGCCAGCGCUGAGACGACCGCACAGCUGCCACCAGCUGCGGGCAGAGUGUUCUUUCAAGCCGGCGUGGGCUGCGCCGGUACCGGCCCGCUACAGCGGGAUGACCCGGUGCAGAAGAAGCAGGGCAAAGUGACAGUGAGGUACGACCGCAAGGAACUGCGGAAGAGACUCAUCCUGGAGGAAUGGAUCAUUGAACAGCUGAGCGAACUGUACAACUGUGAGGAGGAGGAAAUGCCAGAGGUGGAGAUUGACAUUGAUGAUCUCCUGGAGGUGAACAAUGAAGACGAAAGAGUCAUAAAACUACAGGAAUCACUGUCAGACUGCUACAAACCUACUGAUGAAUUUGUGCGCGAGCUGCUCGAUAGGAUAAGGGGAAUGAGGAAACUCAGCGCUCCACAGAGGAAAAGCUUUUAAAUGCUUGAAUAUGCCAACAACAAUCCAGCUACCUGGACUGCAGGUCCUACAAUCUAUCACUCGGUCUAGAGUCACAUCACAGCAUACAAUACGCAAGGACUCCAGAUCCCAAGAUUCAUUUCUCACCAAGAAUCAACAUACAAGAGUUCAUUUUGAAAGCACCCAUAUAUCCCACAAUACAAAACAUAAAAACAAUAUUGUUUAGGACACUUGCAAGCCAUGUCUCCAUUUCCUAAUGCCCCAAGAGCCCCAAAGUUCACCCAGGACACAAUCUAAAACUCAGAAAGAGACUCGCAAACAAUUUCAACAAUCACUUCGGUUAGUCUGGUGUUCCUAACCUUAACUUCUCAAUAGGUCUUAUAGGCCCACUAUAUAAUCACAUUGUUUUGUGCAGUAUUACAGGUAUUUUUAUGUGACCAUGACUGACUUCAAAGCUAUUUUAUACAUUAUUUAUAUUUUCCUUUUUUAUUUUAAACUGAGUCACAACCAGUUUAAAUUUUUCAAAGGUGACAGACUGGUUUUAGUAGCCAUUGGCCUUUGCCACUAACCUCAGAUCAGUUUAUGUCCAUUUACUGUCCUGUUGUCUUUUUUCCAAAUAUGUCAUCCUACAACAGCAAUGAAUGGCCUAUAUACACCAAAUGUCUUUGGCCAUAUUCCGAAUGUCAUGCUAACAUACUAUUCUUACUAUUUCUGCAAUAGAUAGACUGUGUAUUCUCUGGUCAGUAUGCAGAUUUUCUGUAUGCAUGGAAUAACUGAUGACCUACUGCUACAUUUGCCAGAAUGUGCAGCCUAAAACAGAGCACGCUCAGUGAAAUAUGCUCGAACUGACCUUCCAUUUCCAGUGUGACAAAGUAAUAUCGACCAUGAUUUUGAACAUCUCGAUUUUACUUAUGUGCUUAAUAAAAAAAUAAAAAAAUAAAAAAAUACAUUUGCAUUAGUAAUGCAAAAUAAUCGUAUUUAUUUCCAAGAUGAUAAAUGGACGACGUUCACAUGCAACGUAGUGAGGUCAUGUGACAACAAUGUAGCAUGCUACUGUUUGCAUAGUAGCAAAAUAGCUACUGUUUCACUUACAAUUAAAAAAAAAUAAUCUGGUAAUUCUGAUUUGUCACAAUUCUCACAAAAUUUCAAUUCACACUUACGACUUUAAACUCACAACUGUGAGAUAUAAAUUCAGAAUUACCUCUUAUUUUUUAUUCUGUGGCGGAAUCCAGCUUUCAAUGUAUACAUGCUAUAUUGCUUUAAAAAGCAUUGUGAUCUCUUAUAAUAAUGAGAAAUAAAGUCACAAUUACGAGAUCUAAAUGAAAAAUGCGCAACUGAGACAUAAAUUUGCAAACACGAGAUGUAAAGUUGCAAUUAGGAGAUCUAAAGUCAUAGUUGCAAGAAAUAAAGUCACAACUGCAAAAUCUAAAGGUGCAGCAGUGAAAUUGAGAAAUAAAGUCGUAAUUGCAAGAUAUAAAAUUGCAAUUGCUAGAUCAACAGGCAAAACUGAGAUAUAGACCUCAUUCACAGUAGCACCAUCUUUGAUUUUGAAUGGGAAUGACAACGAGGCUGUAAGGGAUAGACUUUCCAUCUCUUCAAUGGGCUGUACUGCAGUUUAAAAUGUUUUUGAACCACUCCACAGACAAACCAUUGAUAAAAUAUCUGUCCAAAAAUGUUCAGUUUACAAAGAACAACAGACAACAUGAGUUGUGGAAAAUCAGAUGUGAUCUAGGAGCUUUUUUACAGCUUUAUACCGUUCGUGCCAUUGAAGAGAUGGUAAGACUAUCCCUCACAGCCACAUUGUCAUUCCCAUUAAAAAUCAAAGAUGGCGCUAGCGUGAAUAAGGUCUAUAGGCUGGGAUUCUCAAUAGCAUUGCAACUUAAGCUUUCAUCUUAAUUAAUGUUGCUUGUUAUUUGAGGAUGUAGUAGCGGCUGUUUCCCAAACAAGCACGUAGAUCGCUUGUUAUAAAGUAGAACUUAAGUGCUUCAUUACAGGAGCUGUCCAGUCCAAAGGUGCUGAAAAUUUGGCCAGUAUGUCCAGGAGUUUGUAUUCUCAACAUGAAAAUAAUGUGGAAAUACUAACAAACAUGGAAGAUGCUUGUAACCUUAUUGAGGUGCUGAAAUUCAUUAACUGUUACAGAGUUUAAUUAAAGAAAUAACGAUGGCUUUGGUAAUACGGGGUUUAAGAUGUAUUGAUGCUCAACUGAUAGAGAUUAAUUAAAGUGACGCAAGAUAUAAAGUCAGAAUCACCUUUUUUUAUUUCGUGGUGGGAUCAAGGCACCAUAUUAUACUGCUCAGUAAGUUAGUGUUCCAUUCCAAACAUAGCCAUUGAUUUUAUUGCUGGCCAUUCUUCCUUAUCCCACAUACAACUUGAGCAAAGCAUGAUGGCAUGUGUAGUCUUUCAGUGCUAGCGUCACAAAUAUGGCACACAGUCUCUGUGUAAUGUUCAGUUUGAAGUCAUUUAAUUGGUCAGAGUACAUAUCAGUCUAUCAUGUAACCAUUGCAUUUGUGAUGUUUGAUAACAUAACACAGUAACUGUACUUAGAUCUUUGAUUUUGGUAUAACUAGAGUUUAAAGGAUUUGGUUGGGAUGUUCUGCCUGAAAAUAAAAAUAAAAAAAGAAAAGAAAAAGAUUUGAAUGAUUCUAGAAGACAACAAGGGCUGCAUGACUAUUUAUAGAUCUCUUAUGAACAGACGCACUGUGACGAACGAUAGCGUUAAUGAGAGUCUAAUGAUCGCUGGAUGAGGUAUCUAGUUUUAUGAUUCAAGCCAUUAAUGUAAUCACUCAAAUAAUUAAAAUCUAGGCUUUUAUCUCCUUAGACUCAUUCUUCGGUUUCACAUGGAGGCUGCCAAAGAAUAUAGAACGGUUGAAUACAAACAUAUUAUCAAGUGCUAUUUGUGUAAACUGAUACAUGUACAGUAUACUAUGUUACACUUUAAAGAACUUUAUAAUCUUUCCAUCACUGGUGUCAUUCUCAUGGGUUAGAUUUGUGUUUGACAGUGUAAGUCGUAUAACAAGGAAUCCAGGGGAAAAACUAUGGUGCUGUUUAAACUCCUAAUCCUCUACAGUGUGGAUGGAUGAUGCGUUUUGCAGGCCGUGAGAGAAAGGGAAAAAGCAAGAUUCAUUCUGGAUCCAGUCCUAACACUCUGGAGGAAUCUUCUUUUUUAUUCAGUAGUUUCACAGAUUUCCCAACAUAUAAACUCUGUGCAGAUGCAUCACUUGCCAUCUGCUUCAAUCAGAGAUUCUGUUGGCCAGCUACUAAGUGUUGAUGUGGAUUUAAAGGGAUAGUUUACCCAAAAUGAAAAUACUGCCACCAAGUUCUCACCCUCAUGUCUUUUGAAACCUGAAAAUCGAUAGAAAUAAACAGAAUUGCAACUUUUGGGUGAAUUAUUCCUUUAAUGAGAUUGUGUGUUUUCAAGUAUCCUUUGACCCUUCUCUCUGAGAAGAACAUUCAGGGUUUAGGCUGAUCUUUCUUUAGUUAUUUUUGUUUCUAAAAUGUUCGAAAUGUAUUUUAGUGUACGAUAGCUUUAUUUAUGCAUGUUUUACUGGCAUGAUAGAAUUUCUUUUGCGAUCCAUCGCGUACUUUAGCGAUGAUUUGUCUCUUUUUAUACCUUAUAUUACAAGUAUUACUCUUAUUAAUAUCAAAUUCACGACUUUUUCAUAAUUUUUCUCGACUGUAUAUCUGCAUUUCUGGUGUUUUUAAUUGUUCUGGGUUUUUUUUAAAUAUGUAAAGUGUGGUCUUCUGUGCUGUUCUACUUUUACAUUUCAAUAAAAGCGAA